GGUGCGGCGGUGUGCGAGAGCGAGAGGGCAGCGAACACACAACCGACUAGCGGGGCCCACCUGGCGGCCCGUAGAUGGCCUGAGAAUUCCCCACCUUUGAGAUCGGCUUCUUAGAAAACAACCGUGAGAUCGGGUUCGGGCAGGCCGCCGAGUCGUCGUCGUCGUCGUCGUGCCCGAUCCCCACCCCACCACCCGUCCCGCGCCGGCGGCCCGCCCCCCGGAGAUCGGAGCGCCCCACGGGAUCCCGACCUCGCCAUGAAUCCGGAGUAUGACUAUCUCUUUAAGCUUCUGCUUAUCGGAGACUCAGGUGUUGGCAAGUCAUGCCUUCUCUUAAGAUUUGCCGAUGACUCGUACCUGGAGAGUUAUAUCAGUACUAUUGGUGUUGAUUUCAAAAUACGUACCGUGGAGCAAGAUGGAAAGACUAUGAAGCUGCAAAUCUGGGACACUGCUGGGCAAGAACGCUUCAGAACUAUUACUAGCAGCUACUAUCGAGGGGCUCACGGGAUCAUUAUUGUCUAUGACGUGACAGACCAGGACAGCUUCAACAAUGUGAAGCAGUGGUUGAACGAGAUUGAUCGCUAUGCUAGUGAGAAUGUUAACAAGCUUCUUGUAGGGAACAAAUCUGAUCUCACUGACAAAAGAGUUGUAUCAUAUGAGACAGCGAAGGCAUUUGCUGAUGAGAUUGGCAUCCCAUUCAUGGAGACCAGUGCAAAGAAUGCCUUGAACGUUGAGCAGGCUUUCAUGGCUAUGUCUGCUUCAAUCAAGGACAGGAUGGCGAGCCAGCCAGCCGCAAACAGCGCUCGCCCAGCCACGGUGCAGAUACGCGGGCAACCUGUCGAACAGAAGACGAGCUGCUGCUCUUCUUGAAAUGCAGGCAGCCGCCAUCCAUGUUACCCAAAUGGAGACGCAAACUUGGCCGCGCCAUCCUUGAGUCCAUGCUUCUACAUAGGCCUACUACAUCUUACACCUUCAUUCCAUUCUUUCUAGUGUACUUAUUAGCUCUUGAAUCGUUGGACUUGUAACACCGGAUGGAGUUUGGAGACAGUAUCUUCUUCUAGUUGUGUAUCUUGAAUGGUUAUAUGUUACGAUUUGCAGCUGUUGCUUUUCUUCCCUAAAUUUAAGGCGAUUUCUACUUUUA